GCAGGGUGGCAGGAGCAGCCGCUGGGCAUCUGAGGGGCGACGGGCCCCUCGAAGGGACACCAGCCGCUCAGCUGAGCAGGACUUGAGGUUGAUUUGUGUUUGUGGAGGUUCAGAGACACAUCUGUGAGGGGCACGGAGCGAGGAGGUGCCUUGCCAGAGGCUCACAGAUGUGAGGACUGUCUUGGUCAGAGGACGCUGACUUACGCUCCGCAGCAUCGGACCCACUCCUGCAAAUCAACCAGGCCUCCUAGAGUUGGGAAGACCUAACUGAGGGAACAGAUGGCUUCGGCUGCUCUUGAACUCCUGGGCAUGACCCUGGCUGUGCUGGGCUGGCUGGGGACCCUGGUGUCCUGUGCCCUGCCCCUGUGGAAGGUGACCGCCUUCAUCGGCAACAGCAUUGUGGUGGCCCAGGUGGUGUGGGAGGGGCUGUGGAUGUCCUGCGUGGUGCAGAGCACCGGCCAGAUGCAGUGCAAGGUGUACGACUCGCUGCUGGCGCUGCCCCAGGACCUGCAGGCUGCCCGAGCCCUCUGCGUUAUCGCCCUCUUGCUGGCUCUGCUUGGCCUGCUGGUGGCCAUCACGGGUGCACAGUGUACCACCUGCGUGGAGGAUGAAGGCGCCAAGGCCCGCAUUGUGCUCACCGGGGGGGUCAUCCUCCUCCUCUCAGGCAUCCUGGUGCUCAUCCCUGUGUGCUGGACCGCCCACGCCAUCAUCCAGGACUUCUACAACCCCCUGGUGGCUGAGGCCCUCAAGCGGGAGCUGGGAGCCUCUCUCUACCUGGGCUGGGCGGCAUCUGCCCUGCUUAUGUUGGGCGGGGGCCUCCUCUGCUGCACAUGCCCCCCGCCCCAGAUCGACCGGCCCCGGGGACCGAGGUUGGGCUACUCUAUCCCCUCCCGCUCGGGUGCAUCUGGGCUGGACAAGAGAGACUACGUGUGA